AAAUCCAAACUCGAGUGGUGGACUCUUCUCCAUUAUAGCAUCUCCAAGGGGCGUUGGUUUUUAGUUCCUCGCGGCGGCUCCUCCUCCUCAACAGCUAGAAAACGAGGGUGGUUUUUCCUUGGAGCGAGGACAUCUCUCGACCAAGGCUUCUCUUUCGAUCGAUCAAAGAAGAAUCGAAUCGAGAUGGCGUUUGGACCGGGACGAUCGGUUGCGGCAUUCCUCCUCUUCCUCAACUUCUGUAUGUACAUGGUGGUGCUAGGCUUGGCGGGCUGGGCGAUGAACAAGGCGAUCGACUAUAGCCAGGCGAACAUCGUCAAUCAGACUGGCGCAGUGACAACGCUCACAAGGUUCCCCGUCGGGAACGCGGCGACGCCCUUCUUCCUCCUCUUCAUCCUCGGCGCGGGCGUUCUUGGCCUGGCAUCGAUACUCGCCGGCGCUAUUCAUGUCAGCUUGUGGCGCAGCGAGAGCCUCGCCGCGGCGAUUUCCUCCGCCUUGAUUGCCUGGCUCUUCACUCUCCUGGCAUUCGGUUUCGCUUGCAAGGAAAUCCAGCUCCGCGGUGGAUACCGCAACAGGCGCCUGAAAGCACUCGAAGCGUUCUCGAUCAUCCUGGCAGGAAUGCAACUCCUCUACAUUUUGUCGCUCCAUUCUGGCAUGCUGGCGAGGAUGGGGCCGAGGAUCAAGGAGCCUGGCUAUGGCGGCAUGGCACAGGGCGUGGAACAGAAGGGCGGCCCUACAACUGGCUCCACGAUUUGAAGAAAAAGAAGGAAGAAGAAGAAGCUUUCUUUUCUUAGAAGAAAAGCAUGUAGCAUUCCUAUUCGUUGUAUGAAAGAACUCUAGGGCUUUCAAAACGGCUACUUCCAUGUUUCGCGGCAAAAAAUUUCCACCUUCGUCUCUGGUA